AUGAAGCGGUAUUUUCCGUUGGCGGAAUAUGCGGCCGAAUUCUGGACGUGCCAUGCUGUAUUGGCUCAGGCCCAUGAGGAAAUUAUUCGAAUGAUAGUCACCUUCCUAGAAGAGAAAAGGACAUUCCAGCGAUGGACUCUGUUGAUGGGAGUUGGACUUAUAGCCGAGGCGCUCGACCGGGCUCUAGGCUAUAAUAUGCUUGCUUCAGUGGACUUAUUGUGCCUGCACGCCAUCUUAUUUACAAGGGAGCAGAUGUCAACGCACAGGGCGGCAUGCUGCUUCAAGGGGAGGUCAUCACGAUAUUGUCAACCUGCUCUUAGACAAAGGAGCAAUGUCAACGCGCAGGGCGGCGAGUGUGGCAACGCUCUCUAUGCUGCUUCACAAGGAGGUUUUCAAGAGAUUAUUAAGCUGCUCUUAGACAAGGGAGCAGACAUCAACGCGCAAGGCGGCUUGUGGGGCAACGCUCUACAGGCUGCCUCAGUAGAAGGCGAUCAAGAGAGGUUGAUAAGACGAGCGACUCGAAGGUGGCACGCGAGUCGAAAUGGUGGGCCACCUUCGAGUCGCAAUGAUAGCACCGCGUCGACAGGAAUCAACGAAGUCCUGUACGGUCACGUCCUCCUUGUAGGCAUCCCGUGUCCAGCCAUCAACACCUGUAGCCGCAUAGUCUUCGAGGUCCUGGAUCCUUUUCUCCAGUUCCUAAUCCUGGGUCUUCUCGCGAAGGUAGCUUCGGCGCUGCUGUGUCUCGGCCACGUACCCCAAGGGCACCUAACGCGUGGUUAG